AUGGCCGCGAGGUUGGUGGUGGUGCUGCUGCUGCUCGCGCUGGUGGCGGCGUGCCAUGGCGUGAGUGCUGCGGCCGCGGGGGCGUCGCCGCGCCGGCCCAACUGGCUGGGCGGGCUGAGCCGAGCGUCCUUCCCCAAGGGCUUCGUCUUCGGGACGGCCACGUCGGCGUACCAGGUGGAGGGCAUGGCCAACGCCGGCGGCCGCGGGCCUUCCAUCUGGGACGCCUUCGCCCACGUCCCAGGAAACAUUGCCGGAAAUCAAAAUGCAGACGUUACUACGGAUCAGUAUCAUCGCUACAAGGAAGAUGUUAAUCUCAUGAAAGGAUUGAAUUUCGAUGCCUACCGGUUUUCUAUCUCAUGGUCCAGAAUCUUCCCAGAUGGUGACGGAAAAGUUAACCAAGAAGGCGUCGCGUAUUACAAUAAUCUGAUAAACUACCUUCUUCAGAAAGGCAUUACUCCUUAUAUCAAUCUUUACCACUACGAUCUCCCUCUGGCGCUUGAGAAGAAGUAUGGAGGCUGGUUAAAUGCAAAGACGGUGGGACUGUUUGCAGACUACGCUGAUUUUUGUUUUAAGACCUUUGGCGAUCGUGUAAAGCACUGGUUUACAUUCAACGAACCAAGGAUAGUUGCGCUUCUUGGUUACGACGUAGGGUCGAAUCCUCCUCAGAGGUGCAGCAAAUGCGCUGCCGGUGGGAACUCGGCAACAGAACCUUACAUCGUUGCUCACAAUUUUCUCUUAGCACAUGGUUAUGCAGUUGCAAGAUACCGGACUAAGUAUCAGGCAGCUCAGAAGGGGAAGGUUGGAAUAGUUCUGGACUUCAACUGGUACGAGGCUCUUACCAACUCAACUGAAGACCAAGCAGCAGCUCAAAGAGCCAGGGACUUCCAUGUUGGCUGGUUUGUCGACCCGCUAAUAAACGGGCAUUACCCACAGAUAAUGCAAGACCUUGUGAAAGAGAGGCUGCCCAGGUUCACUCCCAGUGAAGCUAAAUUGCUCAAGGGCUCAGCAGACUACAUCGGGAUCAACCAGUACACGGCUAGCCUCAUGAAGGGCCAGAAAUUGCUGCAGCAGACGCCGACCAGCUACUCGGCCGAUUGGCAGGCGAAUUCUAACUGGCUUUACAUCGUCCCGUCGGGGAUGUACGGAUGCGUGCACUACCUCAGCCAGAAGUAUGGAAACCCACCUAUUGUCAUAACUGAAAACGGAAUGGAUGAGCCGGGGGGCCUCACCCGGGAGCAGUACUUGCGGGACGCGACGAGGGUCCGGUUCUACCGGAGCUACCUCGGCGAGCUGAAGAAGGCCAUCGAUGGCGGCGCCAACGUCCUCGGCUACUUCGCGUGGUCUCUCCUCGACAACUUCGAGUGGAGCUCCGGCUACUCCUCCAAGUUCGGCAUCGUGUACGUCGACUUCAGCAGCCCCACCCUGGACCGGCACCCCAAGGCGUCGGCCUACUGGUUCAGAGACCUUCUGCAGCACUGA